AUGGGUUCAAUAACUACAUGUAACAACAAUGGCAAUGUUGCUGCUGAUGUAUACUCUGUUCCUUUGGCCGCAAACAAAGUAUAUGAUGAGGCAAUCAUAUCAAAUCCUCUCAUAGCCAAAGACCUCCCGCCAGAGGUAAUGGAUAAGAAGACUAAAAUUACCUUUACUGGAUCCAAGAGUCCAUCCCUGCCCGUCAACUGGAGACUUGCAGAAGCUGUGUCUUCUCUCAAGGCACUAGAAGCAACUUUGGUGGACGUGAUAUUGCAGCGCCGUUACGCCCUAGAGCCUCAUCAAAUCACCAUAAACACUGACCAUGCGAGCCUGUUUAUCUUUUCUACCCUUCUCUGGACCAUCGAUCCUGUUGAUGGAGGCGAAAACAUCAGCCCCAACAGCCUCCGUGAAGCAAACAAGAAUCUCUUCAAAUAUUUCCCCAGCUGCGACAAGCACCGCAUGAACGCUUCCACGCAUCGGAAUCUGGCCACAAACAUCUACAAAUGCGCAGACGGCCGCUACUUUCAAUCUCAUGGGUCUCUCAACCCGACGCCUACGCUCCUCAAUGUUGGCCUCCCGGCAGAAGCAGACGCAGAUAAAGACACAAAUGCUUAUGAGGAUGCUGUGAAGCCGUUUAAUGAAGCUUUUGGAAAUAUCGACAGCGAAUCCUUGCAGCGAAUUACAGAUGAGACGCGGCAAGCAGGCACCAUCUGCUAUACUGUAGAGGAAUUCUUAAACUCAGAGCACGGAAAAGCUAAUGCACACGUUGGGCUUUGGGAAAUUCGUGAGACUGCAAACGAGUUGCAGCGUCCGUGCUGGUGGGAAACACCAGUGUCUCAGUCAGGCAUAUCUCGACCCCUUGCUGGCAUCAAAAUUGUCGAUCUGACUCGCAUCAUCGCCGGCCCAAGCAUCACUCGAAGCUUGGCCGAGUUGGGAGCCAGCGUGAUGCGCUGUACCGCACCCCAUUUACCUGACGUUGUCUCUCUCCAAGCGGAUCUGAACUGGGGGAAAUGGAACUGCAGUAUUGAUCUCCGAGAGGAGAGAGAUCGGGAAAAGCUGAGGUUGCUCAUCCAGGAAGCCGAUGUGGUCGUGCAAGGAUAUCGUCCCGGUGUUCUUGACAAAUAUGGUUUUGGCGAGGAAGACAUUAUCAAAAUGGUUGAACAGCGAUCAAAGGGCAUAAUAUAUGUGAGAGAGAACUCGUACGGCUGGCAUGGCCCAUGGAAAGAUCGAAGUGGAUGGCAGCAAGUUGCUGAUGCGAAUACCGGUCUUAGCUGCUCCUUUGGGCAAGCCAUGGGCCAUGACGAGCCCGUCACCCCCAUCUUCCCGCACAGCGAUUACUGUACCGGCGUUGCUGGCUCUUGUGCAGUUCUCCUCGCACUACUGCGUCGCGCCGAGAAGGGCGGUUCAUAUAGCAUUGACCUCUCACUCAAUUAUUACAGCGCAUGGCUUAUCCGAUCCGUGGGAACAUACUCUCCCGAGGUUUUUGACAAAAUAUGGGCUGAGCACGGCCGACCCGUCUAUCGCCACUGGCACAAUAACGGCGUCUCAGCGCCUGAAACCCUAAAGAGACUCAAGAGUGGCCCGGCGAGAGAGAGGAUACUUCGACCGGAAUUUUUUGAGGAUAGGCGCUCGCCGAGUGUUCUUGGGGAAAAGGUGUUCCGCGCAGUGAAAGGAGUUGCGGAUUGGGGAGGAGUAGUUGACUUGCGAUACAAUGUUGGAACACGAGGCAAUGGGCUGGACGCGGCGAGAUGGCCAGACGACCUGACACAAGAGGUGGUGCAAGAGUUGGCUUGA